AUGAGCUCCCGCAUCGCGGGGAAGUACACCGGCGGCGCCGCCGCCGCCGCCAGCGGCGGCGGCGUCUCGCGCCGCGGCCCGGACUCGUUCACGGAGGUCAGGUACGUUCCCAACCGAGGCGGUUCCGGAUCUCGUCGCGCGUCGUCGUCCACCGGAGGCGGAGGAGGGGGAUCGAACCUCUGCUGCGCGCUCGUCUUCGGCGUGAUCCUCUUCACGUCCGCGUUCCCGGUGCUGUGGUGGAACGAGGGCAACGCCGUCGCGGUGUACGACGCGCUCAAGGAAGCGAAGGACUCCGUCGUCCAAAUCAAAGGCGGCGUCGCGACGCCGUCGACGAAGGGGUCGCUCGUGCACGUCGUGGGGAAAACCUCGGGAGAACGCCUGCGCGACGGCGACUUUGGCGUCGCGAUGAACGACGCGAUCCGGCUCGACCGCGUCGUGGAGAGCUACCAGUGGAAGGAGACGAAGAGCGAGAGGCGCGUGGAGGAGGGGGACGAGACCAGGGUGGAGACGACGUACACGUACGAUCUGGCGUGGAUCCGCGGCACGAUCGAUUCGUCCAAGUUUCGACGACCGAACGGGCACCGGAACGCGGGCGCGCCGGAGUACGACGCGAAAUCGAUCGCCGCGCGAGAGGUGGGCGUCGGCGAUGGAUUCGUGCUGAGCGAGAGCCUGGUGAACAAGCUGACGCGGAGGCAGACCGUGCGGUUGACGCCGCCGAACGACGACGACGGCGGCGACGGCGACGAUGAAUUCGAAUCCAGACGCGGCGGCGCGCCGGGUCGGUACGGAGCGAAGAGGAAGAAGAAGCGACCGAAAGCGCUCGGCGGCGCGGUCCGCGACGGCGCCGACGCCGACGCCGACGCCGACGCCGAAGACGACGUUAACGCCGCCGACGACGACGCGGCGGGGCGGAAACGGCGCCGCGGGAAGGGCAUCGUCGACAACGACGACGACGACGACGACGAAUUCGACGCGGCGACCUCGUCAGGCGCCGUCGCGCCUCUCGGCGAGGCGCGACUGGUCGCGUCGUCGCCGCCCCCCGGCUACGCCGUCCUCGACGGCCUCGCGUACUCGCGCGCCGCGGCGGCGUCGAACCCGAAAGUCGGCGACCGACGCGUCCGGUAUGCCGCGCUCCCCGGCGGGCAGGUCGUCUCCGUGCUCGCGAAGCAAGGCAAAGGCGGCGCGCUCGUGCCCUUCGUCGCGAAAUCGGGGAAAGAGAUCGCGUUGGUGCGAGACGGGCGCGCGUCCUACGUUGAGAUGAUCGAGCGCGCGACGCGCGCGAACGCGACGCGGACGUGGCUCGUCCGCGCGGGCGGGUUCCUGCUCAUGUUCUUCGGCGUGGUGCUGCUCACGGCGCCGGUGCGGUACGCGGUCGGGGCGCUGCGAUGGAUACCGUUGCUCGGAGGGUUCGCGGCUUCGGUGAUCAAUCUCGGCGUGUUUCUCGCCGCGCUCGCCGUCGCGAUCGCGCUGUCGCUGGUCGUGAUCGGCGCGUCGUGGAUCACGCAUCGGCCGGUGAUCGCGAUCGCGAUGCUGGCAUCGUCCGUCGGCGUCGGGUGGGCGGCGCGAAGGGCGGGCGACGCGAGCAGAGGCGGCGGCGACCGAACGACGACGACGACGCAUCUGGACUGA